AUGCACAGAUUGAAUACUGAGUCUAGUGUAGUUGCUCGUAAGAACCACACUGGCAAGAUUAUAGCUUCCGGUAAGGUAGGUAGAGUUGUCUCCCCUCGCCUAGAGACUUGCCCUUAUGGAAGACAAAAGCGAAAGGAUGCAAAUACCCCUCCAACAAGAAGAACACACUCUUCUUCAGCCCUAUCAGCUCCACGACAUGCCCGUUUUGCCGAUCAAAGUGAAAACUCUUCUGGCAGCACUUUGAUUCCAUGGCGAAAGUCUCCUGAGUAUUCUCUUGUGGAAAACUUGAAACAACAAAUAGCGUGCUUAGAAGCUCAGGUAUUAUGUCUGAAACGUCAAAAACAGUAUCCAGAUCCGCAUUGUUCUUCCUCUUUGAUAACAACUCUCAAGAAAGUGAAGGCCACUAAGGACACUAAGAACUCAGUUAAUGACCUUCUACCUUGUCACUAUGAGCCUCUCCUUGUGGAAUCGCAUCCCUUGAAUAAUGCUUCAGAGCGGGAUCAAACUGAGUUGUUCACGCUUCAGUUUAAUCUACGCCGGGUCAUGACAGAUUGGGAGACACUUCAGGAGAUGUUUCUUAAUUUGAAACAUGAGAAGGAGAUCAUGGCAACCGAGAUCGUGGAGCUGCGUAUGGCUCUACGCGAGGUUGAGAACGAAAAGCAUUGCGUUGAGAAAAAAUUCGAAGCCCUCAUGAACGCGUCAGAAGCGGAGCAAAGGAAGCAACGCCUACUUGAAGAUCACCAAAUGCACAUAAAAGGUGACACCCUUACCUCUGCAACCCUGACAAGUGGUUUGACAAAUGCUAUCCAUCAAAGGGACUACUAUAAAGUUCAAUUUGAGCGUACGAAAAGUAGUGAGGCGCUAUUGCAUGCACACGUGGGGGCGCUCAAGGAUAUUGUUGAGGCGAAUCGUGUGGCCCAGGCUACUGCUGAGAUCCAGCUGUGUGAGGCACUCGACCGCAUAGAGGAAUUAGAGUCUCGUGAUGCACACUGGCGCCGAUUGAUUUCAGAGCUAGGGAACAAUUUCAUUAAUGUCUCAGCAGUUCUACGGAGCGUUAUGGAUAGUAGCAUUGAAAUACGCGAAAGGGUUGAGAAAAAGCUACUCGGAGACCAAGAGCUAGAGAAGGCCAUAAAGAAACUUCAUAUUUUCGAGUCAGAAUUGCUAAAUGUCAUCGCGAAUAAAAAUGAAAGCGCUCUGAAAAAGUCAACAGAUGCGACGUCGGAUGAAAAAUCUCCUGUGACUGAUGCUUGUAUAACUGAAGUCCUGACAUCACCCCCACAGGCUGCAGUCCCACCCCCACAGGCUGCAGUCCCACCACCCCCACAGGCUGCAGUCCCACCCCACAGGCUGCAGUCCCACCACCACAGGCUGCAGUCCCACCAACGGUAA